AUGUUCAAGGCGUGGGAUGAGGAGGGGAUUGAGAAGGUGGCGUAUGAUUUCUUUGCGGAGCAGCCUAUCCUCGGGGCGAGAGUGUAUUUCUAUCAUCAUAUCCUGCACAAUUGGCCCGACGCUGAUUGCCUCAUAAUUCUGGAGCAAGUAGUGGUGGGCAUGACCGCGGGAUAUUCGAAGCUCCUUUUGCACGAAGUGAUUCUACCGGAGCAUGGAGCGUCUCAAUUCGAAGGUUCGCUUGACUUGGUCAUGAUGGCUUUCAAUAGGGGUAUGGAGCGCACAAGGAAGCAGUGGCGUGAGCUGUUGGCGAAGGCUGGACUUCAGGUGAUACAGUUCUGGAAGGCAACUGAGGAGGAUGGGGAUGGCGUUGUGGAGGCAAUGAAAAUGUAA